UAUCCAAGGUCGUCAUGGUGAGGUCUCUGAAAAUAAGAAGUAAGGGAAUGACGUAGCGUGCUCAUGUAUAAAGGCUCGGCUCGGGGAACAUCUUCACACUUCACAGCGGGCAGGCGAGAGCGGCUGAGCUCACAGCUACAAUGGAGGGACAGGCAUCGCCCAUGGUGCCUAUGUUAAUCACGCUGUGCGCCCUAGCCGCGCCGGCAGCGCAGGCGCCCAGCGCGCCCACAAUUUCGCUGGAGUCGCACCAGUACUUCGCGAACCAGACGUACUCGUGGCGGCAGUUCGCGUGCACCGAGGCGGAGCGGCGCUGCCUGGGCGAGCGGCGGCUGCUGCACGAGGCGGACGGGCAGUGCUACGCGGCGGGCGCGCGGGGUCCUUGCGCCGACGGCCAGCUCUUCUUCGCGGAGAAGCGCGAGGCCGCGCGCAAGGGCGGCCACCUGCGCGGCACGUGCGCCAACCGCUGCGCGGGCGACGCCCGGCCCGUGGCCGCCACGGGCGACUGCCUCACCCGCGCGCAAAACGAGAAACCAGCGAACCACCCGAUGCUCCGAUACUUCACUGACAAAUCGUAUCUGGAGCGCGAGUUCCCUUGCACCGACGCUGAAAAGGAAUGCCUGCAAUAUGGGCGCGUGCUCCAGAGCGAUGGCAAAUGCUACAUCCCGGGCGAAUGGAGCAACCGUUGCGAGCCGGGGCAGGUUUUCCACAUCGAUUAUAACGAGAUGGUCACCAACGGCCGGCUGCAGGGAACGUGCCGGUCGCCAUGCGGUAUGUUAAAGUACCCUCAGCAAGCCACCGGAAUAUGCGCUGACUACAGCACCAUGAGUAACGUGUGCCGCUGGGAGUGGGGCCUGCACCCCGAGCAGAACCUCUUUGGGCAAAUGAGCUGCGCGUGCGCGUGGAGUCCUUCGACGCCGCGCCCUCCGCCGCCGGCGCCGCCCGCGCCCGCCUCCGCCCCCGGCCUCUGCAGGGUGCCCGACUUCUCCAACCCCACCGUGGGCUUCCUGGUGCCGUGCUCGGAGGAGGAAUUCGCGUGCCUGCGUGAGGGGCGCGUGCUGGCCGGCGGCGCGUGCCACGCGCUGCGCACGCAGGGCCCGUGCGCGGACGGGGAGGAGCUGGUGCUGGACAAGCACGCCCUGGCGCAUGCGCGCCUGCAGGCCGUGUGCAAGGCACGCCCGUGCCCGGAGGGCAGCGUGCAUCUGGCCUACGAUGGUCGGUGCCUCACACACGAACAGAUCUGCCGCGAGGACCUGUACCUGAGGCCUGCGCUCGACUCCUUUGGGCAGUGGGUUGUUGACAAGGAAACAUCCAAUCAUCCAAUGCUCGAGUUCUUCACAAAUACGACCUACCAAGACCGCGAAUAUCCAUGUACUGAAGAGGAGAAGGCGUGCCUGCAGUACGGCCGUAUAUUGCACAGCAAUGGCAAUUGCUACGUUCCCGGCCAGUCGAUGGUGUUAUGCGAUGGCCAAAUGUACCAUCUCGACUGGGAGGAAGCAAAGAACGGCCGUUUAGUAGGAACUUGUAACUCUACGUGUACAGGCUACCGGCAACCCAACGUUGCUAGCGGAGAUUGUGAAAAUUAUAACACCAUGAUGGAAGUGUGCCGCUGGGAAUGGGGCAUGCAAACCCAGCAGAACGAGUUCGGGCAGAUGGCCUGCCAGUGCGCGUGGCCACCGGGUCUCCGCAGGAAACGCCCCACGCUGCCGCCCCCAGCCUCCGGCCCCGGGCUGUGCCGCGCCCCGGAUUUCUCCAACCCCGUGCGACCACCGACCUACGACAUGACUCUGACCGUGGGCUUCCUGGUGCCGUGCUCGGAGGAGGAAUUCGCGUGCCUGCGUGAGGGGCGCGUGCUGGCCGGCGGCGCGUGCCACGCGCUGCGCACGCAGGGCCCGUGCGCGGACGGGGAGGAGCUGGUGCUGGACAAGCACGCCCUGGCGCACGCGCGCCUGCAGGCCGUGUGCAAGGCACGCCCGUGCCCGGAGGGCAGCGUGCUCAUGCCCAUCGACGGACAGUGCCUCACUCAUCAACAGGUGGUGGCACGCCUGUGCGAGGGGCAGAAGGUGGCGCUGGACGAGUUCGGCGGCUGGCAGUGCGACUUCCAGGGCGACUUCCCCGCCAACCUCUCCGCCGUCGUCCGCCAUGACAGCGACGGCUCCUGCGAACUCCCAGACAAGUACUCCGUCUAUCCGGGUAACCCCAUUCAUCCACUGUACUCUGCCGGGAAUGACUCGAGCAAUUCCUCUUCAGAGCCCGACGAGUCUGUUGAGAACAACACGCUCUGGGUGGUGACAAUGGUCGCUGUUCCUUCAUUGGCUUCCUCCCAUCUUGAGUUGGAGUUGCACAGAUACUUCGUCAACGAAACGUUCACCCAGCGCCAGUUCCCGUGCUCCGAGGAAGAGUUGGAGUGCUUCAAGAACCUGCAGCUGCUGUUCGAGGCGGACGGCAAGUGCUACUCUGUCGGGGAGCAGGGCCCGUGCGCCGAAGGAGAGGUAUUCCACGCCGACAAGCUCGAGGCGUCGAGAAAGGGCGGGCACAUCCGCGGCACGUGCUCCAGCGGCUGCGGCGACGCCUCCAAGUUCCCCGUUGGCGCCACGGGCGAGUGCCUCACCAGAGAAGAAGUCGAGGCAAAGAUCUCGAACAAGGAAACUUCCAACCAUCCCUUAUUUGAGUUUUUCACAAAUACUACUUACCGAGACCACGAAUAUCCAUGCACUGAAGAAGAGAAAGUUUGUCUCCAGUAUGGCCGUAUUUUGCAUAGUGAUGGCAAUUGCUAUGUUCCCGGUCAAUGGAACACAGUAUGCGAUGGGCAAAUAUUCUACCUGGACUGGGACGAAGCAAUGAAUGGCCGUCUAAAAGGAACUUGUAAUUCCACGUUCGCUGACAAUCAGCAUCCCAGCGUUUUUAACGGAGGUUGUGAACCUCCUAGAACUAUAUUCGAUAUGUGCAAGUGGGAAUGGGGCAUGCAAGCCCAGCACAACGAGUUUGGGCAGAUGGCCUGUCAGUGUGUGGGAGCAACCGGAUCCUACUCGACCGCCCCUCCGUCGCUGCCGCCCCCAGCCUCCGGCCCUGGGCUGUGCCGCGUCCCGGAUUUCUCCAACCCCGUGCGACCACCGACAUACGACAUGACCCUGAUCUGCCGCGAGGACCUGUACCUGAGGCCUGCGCUCGACGCCUUCGGGCAGUGGAUGUGCGACUGGGUGGAGUUUCCCUGCCACGUGGAAGGGUGGGGCAAACCCUCUAAAGGGCAAUACGACCUUAAGGAGUACAAUGGAUUGUGCUUUUCUCCAGACAUUUUAAGAAAUUGGAGAGGUGAAGAAAAUGUUACGGUGGUGGCACGCCUGUGCGAGGGGCAGAUGGUGGCGCUGGACGAGUUCAGCGGCUGGCAGUGCGACUUCCAAGGCGACUUCCCCGCCAACCUCUCCGCCGUCGUCCGCCAUGACACCGACGGCUCCUGCGAACUCCCAGACAAGAACUCUGGAUAA